AUGGCGCCCAAAAAGAAAGUAGAACGCACAGCUGCUUCCUCGCGGCCCAAACGAACCCCCAAACCAACCACCGUUGCCACGUCUUCAUCUGCUGCUGCACUAAAGCCCAAGGCGAAGACCACUGCCACCAAGCGAACAGCAAUCAAGACGGCUGCUCCCAAGAAAACAGCAGCGACCAAAGUCAUCAAAAAGGCUGCUCCAAAGAAGACCACCACCACCAAAAAGGCAGGCACCAAGGCCACUGGCAACAAGACAAGCGCCAAAGGUGCCCAGAAGAACGCUCCCAAAUAUCAGAAGUGGAUUGUUCCAGCUUGGGUAAACCCACUGGGGCCUGAAGCUCAGAAGAAAGUUGACAAGAGAAAGGAAGAAGAGAAGUUUGAAAAUUGGAAAUGGUCCGUCAUCAAUGCCCGAUACACCAUGCCAUUCAUGAGAGAACUCAAGAAAGAAUACGACGAAGGAGUGGCCAAGGGCGAGUAUGCACACAUGGGAUACGAAUCGUUCCGCGAAUGGAGCAAGGAAAUCUACGGAGAAGCCUGGGACAAAGCCUACGAGAAAAAGAUUGGCUCGCUGGAAGGCGAGUACACUUAUGACGAGGCCAAGGCCAUGAAGAAAGAGAUGUUUGCGCAACAGGCCAAACACGAGAUCCCUCACAUCAAAGACUUCACCGAGUUCCUCUACUGGAAAGAAGUUGAAAAGGAGAGAGCCAAGCUUAUUGCAAAGUACAAGGCAGAGCAAAAGAAGAAGCAGCAAAAGGGAAACGUCAGUGCCAUCAGCUCCCCAGUCAAGAAAGUCCAGAGCACCAUCGUUAAUGCCAGUCCAGUGAAGAAAGUCCAGGAGGCGUUUACGAGGAGCAGGUCCAAGAGCCUGGAGAAGAAGAGUCCAGCAAAGAAGAUGUUGAGUAAUGAUAGUGGCUAUCAGGCCGAUAAUGAGCAGCAGAGUGUUAUGAGUAGGACCUGGGAGCUUGCUGCUAAUGCUGUCGAGGCUAUGAGGAGUGCGGUCAAUCCAGAGUAG